UAACUCAUGUACGACGAACAGCUGUAGUUGUCUGUGUCAAAUCCUCGGCAGGGGGUUAGCCCUGUUCCAAUUGUUGCCGCUUGUAAAUCGAUUUACGGUGAGUGAAGUAAAUAGUUACGUUCAAUUGGUGUGCCAAGAAUCCUAAAGUUCGAUAAUUCGAAGAUUGAAUAUACAUAUAACGAAGGAAAUAAGAGAGAAAAGGGACAAACGAGAGAAUAAAAGGGAGUACAUAAUAGUUUCUUCGUUUUGAAAUACGACAGAGAAGAGAUCGAACCGACAUCAUGGCGUUCGCUGGAUUGAAGAAACAAAUCAACAAAGCUAAUCAGUAUAUGACGGAGAAGAUGGGCGGCGCCGAGGGAACCAAGCUCGACGUCGACUUCGUUGAUAUGGAGAGGAAAACAGACGUGACCAACGAGUUGGUAGAAGAGUUACAAAUGAAAACGAAAGAAUUCCUCCAACCGAAUCCAACGGCAAGAGCGAAGAUGGCGGCGGUCAAGGGCAUUAGUAAACUCAGUGGCCAAGCAAAGGCCUCGACCUAUCCUCAACCCGAAGGUGUUCUUGGCGAUUGCAUGCUUACAUAUGGCAAAAAACUAGGAGAGGAUAGUAUUUUCGCUCAGGCCCUUAUUGAAAUGGGUGACGCGAUGAAGCAGAUGGCCGACGUAAAAUAUUCCUUGGACGAUAACAUAAAGCAAAACUUUUUGGAACCUUUGCACCAUCUGCAGACCAAGGAUCUCAAGGAAGUUAUGCAUCAUCGGAAGAAACUUCAGGGAAGGCGAUUGGACUUUGACUGCAAGCGAAGACGUCAAGCUAAAGCUGUGGGAAAGAGAUCGGGAAGCCCACAUUUUGGAAGUCCAGCAAAAACUGCACCCUACGCCGGUUCUCACGUUUCAGACGACGAGAUUCGGCAGGCCGAAGAAAAGUUUGCCGAGAGUCUUCAUCUUGCCCAAAUGGGCAUGUUCAAUUUACUGGAGAACGAUGUAAGUGAUGGUUAUGUCGAACAAGUUGCUCAAUUGGCGACAUUCAGCGAAGCACUUUUAGAAUAUCAUCAACAAUGCAUCGACAUUUUGCGAAUCCUAACUGAUAAACUUUUGGAAAAGAAAGAAGAAGCAGCGAUCAGACCAAAAAUGGAAUUCGUUCCAAAGACGUUUGCUGAUCUACACGUCGAAGGUUUAACAACUUCGGAUGCCAUGAACGGUGGGAACUUCUCCCUUCACGGAGCAAGUCGAGCCGGUUCUCCUGUCCAUGGAGACGGGAAGCGUUCGCAGCUCGAACUAUUCCCGGCCGGAAAUCCGCCGCAAUCUGCCAAUGCUUCGCCAUUGCCAUCACCGAGCAAAUCACCGGCUAGGACACCAAUGACGAGACAACCAUGUUGCACGGCUCUCUAUGAUUUUGAACCUGAAAAUGAAGGAGAACUUGGAUUCAAGGAAAAUGAUACCAUCACUCUGAUUCAAAAGAUCGACGAGAAUUGGUACGAAGGUAGCUUAAAUGGACGCAAAGGAUACUUCCCUGUGACUUACGUACAGGUCGUAGUACCGCUUCCCUAAAAUUGAAUGGAGAAAUUGACUUACCAAAGAGAGACCCUUGCAAAUCGUUCGCUAGCGUCUAACCACGAUAAAAUUAAUAAUAAUUAUUGUUAUAUUAUUAUGCCUCUA